UUCUUUCUAAACUUGUAUCUGUUUCUCUAGUCCAGACCUUUCUGCCCGGCAACAGCAGAAACAGAGAGCCAAUCACAGCUCCCGGAGUCUCCUCCCUCCCUGGCGACGGCCCCUCCCUCUGCCUCUUUGUUCAGCCAAUGGCCUGUCUGCUCCGCUGGCCGUCGGCCAAUCAGCAGCCAGCUCCCAGUUCCUCAGCUCAAAUAAAGAGCGAGGGAAACGAGUCUCUCAGAUCCGAAUCCGCCGGGCGUCGCCAAGGGAAACGCUGCUGACCCCAAUGGGACUACCAAAGGUCAAAAGGUUAAAGAAGAAGGAGUUCAGUCUGGAGGAGAUUUACACCAACAAGAACUACAAGUACCCCUCCACCAACAGGAGUCUGGAGACGAUCUUUGAGGAGCCGCGGGAGAAGGAUGGAGCGCUGCUCCUGAUUGGCCAGCAGCGUCGGCGCAGGCUCCUCCUCUUCCCCGACUUCACUCAGCCACGGAAGAGGAAGAGGGCGGGGCUUCCUGUCGCCAUGGCGCCCAGGAAGCGCGCAGCGGCGCGUCGCCACGGCAGCGGAGACGGCGAGGACGUCAGCGCCGACGUGAUGCUGCUGCAGCGACUCAGCGCGCUGGAGGACUUCCUGACUCGGCAGGGCCUGGACCUGUGACAUCACUUCCUGUCAGCUGACUGGAGGCUGCUCGCUGCUACCGCUGUGGUACCAUGGUUACCCUGGUGACGCCGUCAGCACGUCCGUCUGAUGGAGCGGCUUUUAACGUAGUUUUUUUACAGAUUAGGCUGUUUUUAAAAUGUGAAAGUUCUUAAAUAUUUAAUGUUAUCAGAUUUUAACAUUCAGGAGCCCCCCCCAACGAAUCAGGCAACUAAGAGGCCCCGCCCACACCGUGAUGUAGGCCCUGCCCAAAUCCUGACUCGGAGGCUCCGCCCCCAUCAUGGCUCAGAGGCCCCGCCCAUAUCCUGACCCAGAGGCCCGCCCAAAUCAUGACUCAGAGGCCCCGCCCACACAAUGACUCAGAGGCCCCGCCCACAUCCUGACUAACAGACCAGUGUACUGGUCUGUGAGUCUACUACGAUCAUUUUGAGUACUCUGAUUAGUCUGAUUAGAGUACUCAGAGUAUUAGUACUUUAAAGUGUAAUAUAUAUUUCUGCGGACGUUUCUAUUUUUGAAACAAUAAAGUUUGUUUCUGCUCACUGA